AUGGAGAUCAUUGCUGCUACCAGAAAUACAUCGGGAGCGUCCUCUUCUACCGCUACACCACAUGCUGAGUGGAGCUUGGAAAGCUUCCUCCAACAUCACCCAGCCAAGUUCAGUGGGACGUGCCUUCCUGAUGAGGCAGAUCAAUGGCUGCAAUAUCUUCUGACUGGAGAAGCGAGCCACUGGUGGGCGAGCGUGAGGGCUAUAUUGACGGACGCUCACAGUCCUAUUAAUUGGGAAGUGUUCAGAAACAAAUUCUAUGAAGAGUAUUUUCCAGACAGUGUUCGUUUCGCCAAGGAGGUGGAGUUCCUACAGUUGGUACAGGGGGGAAUGUCUGUUUCUGAGUAUACGAACAAAUUCAAGCACUUGGUUCGUUUCAAUACCAUGGCGACCAGUGAGGAGUGGCAGUGUAGAAAGUUUGAAAAUGGGCUGAGGAGUGAUUUGAAGGUGUUAAUUUCCAGCUUAUGUAUUCGGUCAUUUCCUGCAAUGGUUGAGAGGGCCAAGGUAUUGGACAAAAAUAUGGCUGAGGCAGAACAACAGAAGAAGCAACAAGCAACCAGAGGACCAAUUCUAUCAAGGACGAACCUGAAUCGGAAUAGGACAUCGUACGCUCGUCCAACUCAGUCUAGUGGUUCUCAAGCUUUGGUGGUUGCUGGACAAUCAGGACAACAGGGGACGGGAGCGGAAGCAACAAGCUCAGGUACGCUCAUCACCGGUACCUGCUUAGUUCAUGGAAAAUCUUGUUGUGUGUUGUAUGACUCGGGGGCAACACACUCCUUCAUCUCGAAGGCAUGCGUUGAGAAAUUGGGAUUAGCAGAGAGUGAAAUGCAGUUUGACUUGGUGGUGUCAACCCCAGCAGCUGGAGAGGUUAGGACGUCUACUAUGUGCGUUAGAUGUCCUAUUGAGAUAGAAGGGCGUAGAUAUAAGGUGAACCUCAUAUGUUUGCCUCUCAAGGAGUUAGAAGUGAUUUUGGGAAUGGAUUGGCUGACUACCAAUCACAUUCUCAUAGACUAUGGUGCUAAGGAAUUAAUUUUUCCUGAAGAAGAUGAAGAAGACUUGAGUGUGACGCUUGGUCAGUUGAAAGAAGAUAUCAUGGAGGGCGCUAGCUGCUUUUUGAUAAUGACGCACGAAGACAAGGAAGUUGGAGAUGUGAAUUUUGAACGAUCGUCCAACAACGAACACAGUGGAGGACGAUUGGUUGUGAGCGAGUUCCCAGACGUUUUUCCGGAUGAAGUGCCCGGACUACCUCCCGUUCGUGAGGUUGAGUUUACCAUUGAUCUGGUGACAACUGCAGCACCCAUCUCUGUUCAACCAUACCGAAUGGCACCAGCGGAGUUGGCUGAACUUAAGAAGCAAAUUGAAGAUUUAAUGGACAAAAAGUUCAUACGACCGAGCGUAUCACUGUGGGGAGCGCCUGUACUUGGAAGUUGCUGUUUUGGUGAGGGUGGGGUUGCUUUGUGUGGGAAUCUGAUUCCAGAGACUGGCUUUUUCUGUUUGGAUAAGGUGAUAUAG